AUGGAGUCAUUGGUUUGCAAAUCCGAACUUGUUCCCAACCUUGUAACCACCACCUACUAUCGCUCCCCAAGUCUGCGCAUACACCUGCUCACCGAUGUUGACCACAUCGUCUGGCCUUACCCUCUCGCCACACUCUCAGAGGCCGUGUCUGUUCUCAUCCAUGGUACACGCUGCGGGAACCUUACUGCUGGUCAAACCGACCUUGUCGUCAGUGUUGGCACCAUCUACCUUCUCGCUCAUGCCAUCGCCCAAUCUCCGUCAUCGUUGCCAUCGACAUCAACCAACCACCACUCGACUUUGCGAAAGACAACAGCUUGCCUCCCAGGUCUUCUCCCUCCCUAUGGCCGAUCAAGCCGUGACUUUGGGCGAACAACUUUGUCGCACAAAGGAGACCGUAGAACACCCUUCCAAGUUCGCAGGUUCCAACCGCUCCACCCUUAUGACGUGCGGGGCGGGAUUGGAGCAUUUGGAGCAACUACCGAAAUGGUGCUAGAACGUGGAGCAAUGGGCAGCGCACGCGAAUGGGCGUCAUGGUUUACAUAUGUAGCCACAGCCUAA